AUGCGCGAUCAGGACAGACACGCCGCAAAAACGACAAACCUUCCCAGGGACGUCAACAUCCCACAGUAUCAUGACCUGACUUCCACGAAGAAAAGUCACGUUCGCAUUAAUGACCAACUAAUCCCAGAUCCCACUAAAAUUAAUAUAUGUGAGAAAGUGAUAACUGAUACGACCCAGAGGCACCAUCCAUACCAGUCCCAUGUCUCCCAGUUCGCAAUGUUCCCCAACUUCUGCUUCCCAGUUGAUCCAGAAACUGAGGUCCAAGCCGCGGGAAGAUCCCAUCUUGACCCCCUCGUCCCAGCGAAGAUUCCGAAAAUUACCAUUCUGAGCAAAACCAAGGGUGCCCCUUAUCGCCAUGAGGUGCUGGAGCGGCCCGCAGACAACAGGACACACGUGCUCACAUGUCCAGAACAACAGGGCUUCCACCUUUCGAGGCCCGACGAAGGUCAGAAGUUCUACCCCACAGCCCCGAAGACAAUGUGCACCAACAAAUCUCUCUGCCCUCUGGAUUUUACAUUAUCUGAACGGAGAAGCAAAAUUCUUCAGAACCUGGAGCGGUCGCAUCGGGUGACUUCCUACCAGAGGGACUUCACAGGAGCUGGACUCCUGAACCUUAGGAAGCUGGAUGACUUCCAUGAGAGGACGGUCACUGGCGAGACGACCCCCCACUCGCUGCAGCUGGUGAACCGAGACUUUAGCACAAGAGGUCUAGCAAAAGGAACAGGCAGCACCCAGACCUUUGGUUCUGAAGUGGAACAAGUAAGGAACAUACCACCCGUCUCCAGCCGGAUGGAAUACAAGGAUUCCCCUUACAGCAAAAAGCAGACCUAUGCGAUGGACAAUCAUUCAUUUGGCUCGAUCCAACCAGCUUCUGCUACUGCGACUUUGGCGAGGGUUUCCAAGGCAGAGCAGAGGCCCAGGUCUGCACCAAACCAGGAGACGUGUAGUCAGCCCUGCUCUUCUCCCGUUUCCCCCAGUAGAGGGCUAAGGGUCAGUCUUCCCAGCUCCAAAUCAGUGCUCCUAGACCUACAGGACUCCUUCAGCAAGACAGAAGCACUUCGUCACUCCCGCCAGGUCCUACACGGUAGACCCUUAGACCUUCAAGACAAUGUGUGCAAGGGGAGACGACAUUACUUGUAUGGUUUCAACUCAUACUACUUCCGCAACUGAAUGACAGUGUCACACUCAUCGAUACUGAAAUAAUAAUCUGAAAGCUGGAAACCGUGAACUGGCUUUAUUAUUCUGUGUUUGUUUCACUGAAGCAUUUGUUUGCUAAUUGUCGAA